CGCGGGUCUGCGGAGGACCGGGGCGGGCAGCGAGUCCGACGCCGCCGAGUCUGCAGAGCCGCUGGGCCGGGCGCUGUCCGAGCGGGCGGGAGCGAGCGGGGCGCGGAGGCGCGGGCCCCAGUCCUGUUACCAACUUUCCCGCGCCGGCCGGUUUUGUUAAUAUGCAUCCCCGACUUUGAGUGCAUUCCCACCCACGGCCACCUGGGCCGGCUGUAAAUGGCCUUAGUGGGUGGAACUAGGGGACCCCUUGCCGGUUCUCUCUUCGCUGCAGCCCGGCCUGUAGGGCCUGCCACCCCCGGGCGCCCCUGCGCAGCACGGUCUGCACGGCUCCCCGCUGGACGGAGGGAGCAGUCUUGGGGUUCGGUGGCCUGCCCAAGGCCGACACUACCCCCAGGGCUCAGCUGUGGGCUCCCAGGCCUAGGCGCCCAUGACCCGUAAGCUGCCCGCCGCCUGGACCCUGCCGCCACAAGCUCGCGCCGCCGCCGGGACCAAUGCCGGUCAUGCCCAUCCCCCGGCGGGUGCGCUCCUUCCACGGCCCGCACACCACCUGCCUGCACGCGGCCUGCGGGCCCGUGCGCACCUCCCACCUGGCCCGCACCAAGUACAACAACUUCGACGUCUACGUUAAGACGCGCUGGCUCUACGGCUUCAUCCGCUUCCUGCUCUACUUCAGCUGCAGCCUCUUCACGGCGGCGCUCUGGGGCGCGCUGGCCGCCCUCUUCUGCCUGCAGUACCUGGGCGUGCGCGUCCUGCUGCGCUUCCAGCUGAAGCUGUCGGUGCUGCUGCUGCUGCUGGGCCGCCGGCGCGUGGACUUCCGCCUGAUGAACGAGCUGCUCAUCUACGGCAUCCACGUGACCAUGCUGCUGGUCGGGGGCCUGGGCUGGUGCUUCAUGGUCUUCGUGGACAUGUGAGGGCGCCGCGUGGCCCUCCACCGUGGCCCACGAGCCGAGCCGCCCUGCGGCCAUGUUCCGUCCUGGGCGGGGUGGUCAGGGCUCUUUUCCCGUCUGCCCUGCCCAGCACCCAGGCGAGGGCUGCAGCACAGGAGUGAGGCGGUGCUGCCCCGCCUCCCACGCAGGGGAAAAGGGCUGAGACUCUUCCGUGAUGGGAACACUGGCACCUUCCUCGGGCUGGCUUUCCACGCCGACCCUCCCUGUGUGCACGUCCGGGGCAGUGUCCCCUGUGGCCGCCCGCCGGUGGCUGCUGCUUGCACUUUUCCAGGUUGUACUGGAGGGUGGCCGGUCUGUCCUAUCUGCCUCCAUGUGGCCCCCCCACCCCCGUCCCCCCUACAGGACCACGUCUGGUGGUGACUUUGGGCGUCACCAGCGGCUCGGGAGACCCAUGGAUACAGUGGGGUCUGCCAGUCAGAAGCAAAUCUGGAGGGGCACCCUCAUGGCCACACAGCCCCCUUCCUUCGCACCUCUGGUCCCCGCCUCAGCCUCAGGAAGGAGGCGGGCUUCACUAGCUGCUGCACCACACUGCCACUAAGCUGUCCACUCUGCCCUGGGCUACCUGAGUCCUGGCAGGGCCCAAAGACCACCCUCCUCUCUCACCCUGAGGUGGGUCCUGGGUCACCUUGGUUUGCUUGGAUGCAGUUUAUCGGGAGCCACAGAGGGGCUCAGUCUGGAGGAGACCUCGGCAGGUUCCUGGCUCAGGGCCGGCUCCAGGGCAGGCAGCGGCAGAUCUGUGUUCGUGCCUGGCAGGGCUGUUGAGAAUGUUAGCGAAUGCUGUAGAUCCCUUCCAAUGUGGAUUUCUAGGGAGGCAAUUCCAUUCCCUUCUGGCUUUGGGGGAACGGGGCUGGGCUCUCUGUUCAAGAGGACACCCAGGAUGGAGACGCUUGUCUCUGGUGUCUGGAUCAGAUGGCAGAGGCCUCCCCGCGGCUCCUCGCGGCCCUGAGUGUGCACCCCGGUCACAGGGGCUGGGCUCCCCACUGCGUGUCCGGUGCUGGUGAAGGGCGCAGCUGCCCCUCUGCCCUGAGUGGCUCGGUCAAGGCAUCUGGGAUGUAAAAAGCCAAAAUGACCCCGUGGCAGGGGCUGGUGGGCCGGGGAGAGGCACAGGGACGGAGUUCAGGGUGGGCUUCCACCUCAAGAAGGACACACCUGGGGCCCAGGGGCUCCCCAGCCCCCGGGUCUGACCCUGUCUGUUGAGGGGCUGGCAGUCGCUGCAGGCAGAGACAGGCAGCACGGGAGCAGGCACGGGGGGCGACACUCGAUUCACCCCAAAUUGUUGCCCCUCUCCCCCCAGGCAUGGGUGGUGGCCCCUUUGACCCUGCCCUGCCAGGCAGACCAGCGGCCCUGGGGCGGUCAGGACUGUGUACCGCUGGAAGAGACACUUAGGAAAACCCAAAUCAGGUAGAGAAAGCAAAAAAUACUUGGCUGCAAAUCUCGCUGUGUGGUUUGCAGCCAGCUUGUGUUCGCUGGUCUUCCGACUCGAGGUCAGCGGACGGCCCGGCGGGGCAGCUGCCCGGGUCCCCGCGGGCGGGCGGGUGCGAGGAGCUCAGCCGAGCGGAUCCCUUCUUGCUGCAGAGAAUCGUUUGCACUAAAUCAUGCUGUUUCCUCAAAGAAGCUUUUCGUUGAUUAACGCGUUACUCAGAACCACCUCGCCCCGAGGGUGCAGGUGGGUGGGUGUCCACGGGGUGGGGUGGCGGGGGCCUGGCUGUGCCGCCCGGGCCGCGGGCGCACGGCGCAGGGAGUCACGGCCCCUUGUUCCACGCUGCUUCGUGUCCCGGUGCCUGUGAAAUUCUUACUGAGGUGAAGCACCUGCAUUAAACCUAUUUUCUUAACGUGUUGA